UUCAGCAGCGCUGCAGUGUGACGCGGCGACGAAGCGCAGAGCGGAGGCUUCUUCAGGAGGAGACGCUAGCAGUCUGCUCUUCCACUCGCUCCGACACUCAUCUCUGUGCUGAUCUGAAACAUCGGACAUGUCUACAGAGCCCAACUACCGCCGGACUAAACCCGGAAUGAAAGCCAGCAUUCCUUGUUCCAACGGUGCCACCGGUCCCGCAUCGCAGAUUCCCGGGCUGUCGCAGAGUGCCAACACGGCGCCGGUGGAAAAGAGCAAGGGCAGGCGAGUGGGAAUUCAGGCCACCGACUCGGACUACGUUAAACUCGCCAAGCAAGGAGGCCACAAGGGUUUGUUGUCCUUUGACCCUGAGGAAGGCAACGCCAAAUCCACAACCUCCCAGGCCUUGGACUGGUUCUCUGGUGAUGAAGAAAGCCAGCCUAAAGCACCCACGCAGAAGCUGGUGGCCCCGUUUGGGACUGAUGAUUGUUCAGCAUGGGACAAUGACUCUGGUGCUGGCAAAGACAAGAAGUCACCGGUGGGUCACGCCACUCAGGAGAUGCAGAAACUCUCCCUGAGCCAGAAGGAGAUCGAUGAGGCCAACAAGUACAAAAGAAUGUCACAUGAUAAGAAGGCCACCGUUCCGGUGAACAUGUCCAAACUGUUGAGCUUUGGCUAUAUGGAGGAGGAAAAGAAGUCUCCUGAUGACGACAACUCAAGUAUGACGUCAGAGCAGGUGAGCGCUGUGGCCCCAGAGGACGAGUUGGAGUAAAAGUGUAGAAAUGACACCGAAGCUUCCCUUGGAGACGUGCAAAUUUCCAGCCCACCGUCCUUCCAUUCUUCACCCUAUUUAUGCAAAUUUAUUUUCUUUUAGUCAUCGUUCUCUUUUAAAAUCAGUCGUGUCAUGCUUACAUAUCUAAUGGUGCUUGUGAUCCUUGGAAUUACAUUUAAAACUAAGUGCUAUUUGUACGAAACCUUAAUAGGAAUCACUCGAAACUCGCAGCACAAUGUGAAUCCUUCACGGUACCGACACAGCUUUGGUCCAAAACACCAAACGUCUUCAUUUUUAAAAAAUUAUAUUUAUAUAUAUUUUACUCAUUGUGAUAUGCCAAGAUAUUUAUUUAACUUCUAUUUUUUUUGUUCAACUGAAAAGAACCCCAUUAGCUACUCUUGUUGCCAAGCUGCAGGCACAGAAAGACCAGGCAUUUAUUUAUCUGGCACAUAUCCGCACCCGUGUGCCCGGUCCUCGUCACUGUCACGACUACACUGCGAGAAGAAACCUGUUCGUGUCGAGAGCUUUCGGAAAGGUUUCAUGGAGCUUGCGAUCCUGAAUGUGUUGCUAUGUUCUUUCGAUGUUACAGUAAAAUAAAAAAAAAAAAGUUUUGUUUUGUUUCAGGUGCCGUAGAUGCUCAGAGUACAGAGUUUUAACUCCAUAACAUUUGUCUGUCUCGUUAAAUGAUGUUUACAUUCAUUGUUGAUUAUCGAUUAGACGAAUAAAAUAUGCAUGUGCAUGGAAA